AUGACGACAUACCUAGGCUUCAUCCGCCUCAACAAAGCCCUCGCCAACUACCGCUCCACCAACCCCUCUUCCCCAGCAACAUUCACCCUCAAACUAGCACCCUACCAACUCUACCCCGACGCCACCCAAGAAGGCGUCAACAAAUAUGAAUGGUACAAGAACGAAAAGUACGACGGCAGCGAAGACCGCAUGAACAAGUACAUGACCGUCAUGGGCGAUUUGGGUGAACAAGAGGGGAUUGAGUUUGAUUUUGGGGGUGGGGUCGUGGCGAAUACAUUGCAUGCGCAUCGUGUGUUGCAGUAUUUGCAGAAUAACAAAGAGGAUGGUACUGCACUGAAAGCAGUAAAAUCGCUGUAUACGCAGUAUUUUGAGCAGCGCGCCCAUCCAUCUAGUUAUGAAACGUUGGUUAAAGCGUGCACGGCAGCUGGGCUGAGUGAAGAGGAAGCAGUGAAGUUGGUGGAAGACGAUGAGGAGGAGUUGAGGGAGACGAAAGCGGCGAUAAGGGAGCAGGCUGGGAAUGGAGUGGAUAGCGUGCCGUAUGUUAUUUUCGAGGGCAGGAAGAGGGACUUUACGCUUGUAGGGGCGAAGACUGUGGCGGAGUAUGAGAAGGUGCUUGGGCAGGUUGCAAAGGAGUGUGCGUGA